AUGGCGGGCAAGGAGUGCUUUGUCAUCAUUUCCGAUAACCGCCUCGGUGAGCAGCUGAAGACCAUCUCAAUGGAGGUGCCGAAACUCCACGUGAUCAACGACGGAAUCGUAUUGGGUCUCACUGGGCUCCGCACAGACCAGCAGACCUUCGCGCAGACGGUCCACUUCCGCACGGAAAUGUACAAACUUCGCGAGGAGCGGGAUAUUGGUGGCAAGGCGUUCGCGGCGCUAGUGGCAUCGAUGCUGUACGAGGCGCGUUUCGGCCCAUGGUUUGUGGAGCCGGUGAUAGGAAGCAUCGACAGGAAAACGGGCGAAGUGUAUCUCUGCGCUAUGGACCUCAUCGGCGCCCCCUGCGAGCCCGAGGACUACGUGUGUGCCGGGACAUGCGCGGAGAGCCUGCACGGCAUGUGCGAGGCGUUGUGGCGCCCCGACCUGGGGCCGGAGGAGCUGUUCGAGGUCGCCGCGCAGGCGAUGCUUUCCGCAUGCGACAGGGACUCUCUCUCCGGCUACGGCGGGGUUGCUGCGAUUGUGACGCGGGACAAAGUAAUAACGCGCCUCAUAAAAGGGCGCAAGGACUAG